AUGGCACAGCGAUGGCUACUUGUCACCUGCCUCCACCUCACGUUUGCAUCAGCACAGCAGCCCAACACCUGGCGGCCCCGAUUCCUAUCUCUUCCUGCCCCCGCGUCCCCACCCGCUCCUUCGGCGGUCUUCGCUCUGCAGCCUCUGCUGUUUCCACUCCAUCCAAUCGUCCGUGCUCCAUCCAUGGCCGCACCAGCUCUCCCCCUUGCCAACCACGCCGCGCCCACGGCCACGGCCAGGUACCUCCACCGCAGCCAGCAGUUGCUGCAGCCCAAGAGGCAGCUCCCGCCCGGCUUCCUCGCCGCUCGGCCUCUCCGGCAGCCGCGCCGGCCGCUCUCCGCCGUGCCGGAAACCAAGGAGGAGGACGCCAAGACGGCCGAGGAGAUCACCGAGAAGUACGGCCUCGAGGUCGGCCUCUGGAAGAUAUUUAGCUCCAAGGAGGAGGAAGGAGGCGAGGAAGGGUUGGAGGGGAAGCCGAGGAAGUCGAGAACGGAGCAGGCCAAGGAGCUCCUGGGCAAGUACGGCGGAGCGUACCUGGCCACCUCGAUCACGCUCUCGCUCAUCUCCUUCACCGCCUGCUACCUCCUCAUCAACGCCGGCGUCGACGUCCAGCAGCUGCUCGGCAAGAUUGGGAUAGCCACGGACGAGACCGGAGGGAAGGUGGGGACAUUCGCGCUGGCCUACGCCGCGCAUAAGGCGGCGUCGCCGAUAAGGUUCCCGCCGACUGUGGCGCUCACGCCGGUGGUGGCCAACUGGAUAGGGAAGAUCACCAAGGGAGGCGACUGA